ACAUAUUGGUUUUGAAUAUAUUCAUUAGGUCCCAUUGAGAUGUAUCAGCGUAAGCUUAAGUCACAUCUGAAGAAGAACUAUGAAUGCGUAUCUGAAGGAAUAGCAGUGCCAGGGGACCGUAAACUCCUUGAAAAGAUUUACACAGACCUCUACAUCACAGAGGGUGGAAUUGGUGCAGUCAAUGAAGAACAUGAAGUGAGACAAAUGGAGAAAGCAGCUGGAAGUCCAGGAACACAAGAGAAACUGAUUGAGUGCAACAAUAUCUUUCACCCAUUACCUGGACAGGACAAGCCCAUUAGAACCGUGCUUACAAAGGGAGUCGCCGGCGUGGGAAAAUCCAUUUCUGUGCAGAAGUUCAUUCUGGACUGGGUAAAAGGAAUUGCAAAUGAAGACAUUGAGUUGAUUUUUCCACUUCCUUUCCGGGAGCUGAACUUGAAGAACGACAAAUACAGUUUCAUGGACAUUCUCCAUCAAUUUUUCCCUGACACGAAAGGAUUGAUGUUUACCAAAAAUAAGAAGUCCAAAGUCCUGUUCGUGUUUGAUGGCCUGGAUGAAUAUCGUCAUCCUCUUGAUUUCCAGAAAAAUGAGAUCUGGUCUGACAUGACCACACCAACCUCAGUGGAUGUUCUUCUAACAAACCUCAUCAAGGGUAAUCUGCUUCCCUCUGCUCUCAUUUGGAUAACCUCCAGGCCAGCAGCAGCCAGUCACAUCCCUCCUGACUGUAUUGACCAGGUGGCCGAGAUACGUGGGUUUAAUGACGAACAGAAAGAGGAAUACUUCAGAAAGAGAAUCACAGAUGUGAAACUGGCUGACAGAGUCAUAGAACACAUCAGACACAAAGAAUCAAGGAGCCUCUACAUCAUGUGCCACAUCCCAGUCUUCUGUUGGAUCGCAGCCACUGUUCUUGAAAGAAUACUGGAAGAAACAGAGGCUACAGCGGUAAUGGAGGCUAAAGAAGCUAAAGAGGUUACAGAGGUCAAAGAGGCUAAAGAGGAAACAGAAGCUACAGAGGCUACAGAGGCUAAAGAGGAAACAGAAGCUAAAGAGGAAACAAUAUUGGAAGAAACAGAGGAUACAGUGGUCAAGGAGGCUAAAGAGGUUACAGAGGUCAAAGAGGCUACAGAGGAAACAGAGGCUAAACAGGAAACGGAGGUCAAAGAGGCUAAAGAAGCUAAAGAUGCUACAGAGGUCAAAAAGGCUACAGAAGAAACAGAGGUCAAAGAGGCUACAGAAGCUAAAGAGGCUACAGAGGUCAAAGAGGCUACAGAGAAAACAGCCAGUACUGACAGCAAACAGCAAACCUUGAAGACACUGACACAAAUGUACUCACACUUUCUGAUCUUUCAGACCAGACGAAAGACUGAGAAGUAUGGUGAGACAUAUGAUUUGGACACAAAGUGGGAUGAAAAGAGCAUUAUGGCCCUGGGACAUCUGGCUUUUAAAAACUUGUUACAAAACAAUCUGAUCUUCUGUGAAAGCGACCUGACAGAGUGUGGCAUUACAGUGAAAGAAGCAUCUGUGUACUCAGGAAUGUGCACACAGAUCUUUAAAGAGGACUCAGGGGUGUUUAUUGGCACUGCAUUCUGCUUUGUACAUCUGAGCAUCCAGGAGUUUUUUGCAGCUUUAUAUGCACACAUGUCCAUCGACAAACACCAAAGAAAUGUUUUUGACAACCAGGACACAUCAUCAGAGAAAGAAAGCAGCACAGUGGUUAAAUUGCUCAAGAAUGCAGUGGACAAGGCUUUGGAAAGUGACAGUGGACACUUAGACCUUUUUCUCCGCUUUCUUCUGGGUCUCUCACUGGAGUCCAAUCAGAGGCUCCUACAAGGUUUACUGAGACAGACAGGAAACAGCUCACAGGGCAAAGAGGAAAUAGUCAGAUACAUCAAGGAGAAGUUCAAAGAGAAUACUUCUGCCGAGAGAUCCAUCAAUCUGUUCCACUGUCUAAAUGAGCUGAAUGACAAAUCUCUGGUGGAGGAGAUCCAAAACCACCUGAGGUCUGGAAGUCUCUCUAGCGCCCAGCUCUCCCCCGCUCAGUGGUCAGCUCUGGUCUUUGUGUUGCUGACCUCAGAAGAGCAGAUGGAAGAGUUUGACCUUAAAAAGUUUGUCAGGUCAGAUGAAUGUCUUAAGAGACUCCUGCCAGUGGUCAAAACAGCCACAAAAGCAUUGUAA